GCAUAUUCUCUCUAGCGAGUUCAAACAGUUCAUACUUUACGUUCACUGAAAAGAGACUGUUAUAUAAUUAAAAAGUUAAAUUAAAUAGAACUUUCAAGUUCGGUGUUUAUAAUAUCAUACAUUUCUUUUAAUUAUCAUUGUAAUUUUAGUUAUUUUAUCGGGAUAUAAUACUAUCGUUUAUUGAUAUGGGACAUAAAAUAGCGGCACAUCUAGAACAGAGCGUUUGUGUUACAAAAUCAUCAUGCUCGAAGUUUGGACGCUACUGUUCAUUGCUAUCGAUUGUGGUACUAAUAGCAGCCAUCGUAACUGGGGCAACUAAAUCAUCAGCAAACAAGUCUUCACAUAUCGCAUUUCUACAUCUACUUUCAUUUGCCGCACAUUUCGGGGCACAAUGCUGGGUCACAUUUGUAGCAGGAUUCGCGAUGUUUUUCAGUCUACCAAGAAUUAUGUUCGGGCAUUUACAGAGUAGAAUGUUUCCUCUGUACUUCACAACAACCUUGAUUCUUUCAUGCAUCACUCUGCUAACAUUUGUUGUACGACAUCCGUUUUCUACUUUAUCGUCAUCAGAAUCGAAACAGUUGCUGGGACUAUGCAUAUGUGUAGUAUCAACAUUCGUCAACAGUUUUUACAUUGCCCCAAGGAUCGUUGAAGCCAUGAUAAGUGUUUUUGAAAUAGAAAAAUCUUCAGGUGUUGCCUAUGUUGUCGGAUAUUGUGAUAAAACAGAGCUGAAGAAAGAUCCAAAGUACGCAAAACAUUACAGAACAUUUAGACUUUUUCAUAGUGUUUCUGGUGUCGCUAAUGUCAUCACACUUAUAUGUAAUAUUGUGUAUUUACAUUAUUUAGCAAGUUUAUUUGUUAAGUUAGAUAGUACGUGUUGCUUAUGAUCUUGUCGUAUUAUUAUAUGCCGCAUGCAAGAUAUUGUGUUGCAAAUGAUCCUUAACGUCUAGUCUACAGGUCUGUUUGGCCUAAUAUUUAUACUGAUCUCAAAAAUAAUUUCAUCGGUGUUAGCUAGGUGAUUAUCUAGCUCGUCAAAAGAUGUUUGACUUGCUACCGAAAGGCAUGCGUAAAUUUGAUGUGGCUAUACAAAUUUAUUGAAAGUUGCCACAAAAUAAUUUUGAUUAAGUAAACGCCAUCCAUGACAUGUUUCCUAUUAACAAAUUACAUGACAGAAUCGAAUUAAAUAUUUCAUAUUGAAAUAAGUAAUAAACGAUGUAGAAUCUUUCUUAAAAGAAUUGAAGAGAAAACAUAUCAAAAUGAUACUUUAAAGAAUAAUAACGUUGUAGAAUAAAUCUAGCUGAAGGUUUGUUAAUUUUGCCGCUUGUUGUUAUAUUACUAUUUUAAGAUACUAGUUAUACAUUCAUUUAUUUUAAAUCUGCUCAUAGAAUGACAUAUACAUUUGUACACCUUUAUGCAAUGUCUACCUUGUCGAAAUAUACGGAUACGUCCAUUGUUUGAUAUUUUAUCUAUGUAAGAAUUGAUAAUGUUUUUAUAAUAUAUAAAAUAUAUAUUGUUUUCUA